AUGGCGGGAAACGCGGACAGCCUGCAGCCAUGGACGGUGGCCACCGUCAGCGCCGUGACCGUCCUGGCCUUUGUAGCGGUCUGUCUUCGUCUGCUGGCACGGUUCGAGCGGAAGCAGAAGCUCUGGUGGGACGACUGGAUGAUUAUUUGGUCAAUGGUACGCAAGCAAGCAAGCAAAGCCUGGAACUUCGUCGUCGUGGGCUUCAUCUUCGCCAUGCACCACAACGGAAUGGGCCUACAUGCGAAUACUCUCCAUCCUAAUAACGUCGUCCUAAUCGCCAAGUUCCUCGUCGUCGCGGAGAUCCUAUACGCAUUCAACCUGGUCUGGACCAAACUCAGCAUCCUCUUCUUCUACUACCGCAUCUUCCACCUCCCCUACUUCAAGCGCUGGGCCUACGCCAUCGCCAUCUUCGUCAUCGCCUGGGUCAUCUGCGUGACCUUCCUCUUCAUCUUCAUCUGCGUGCCCGUGCAGAAACUGUGGUACCCACAGCUCCCAGGCCACUGCAUCAACCAGGUCGGGACCUGGAUCGCAAACGCAAUCUCAACCAUCGCCUCCGACCUCGCCAUCCUAAUCCUCCCUCUGCCUCAGAUAUGGAAACUGCAGCUCCGAGCUGCCGAGAAAGCUGCCCUAACCUUUGCCUUUAGUCUGGGGUUCUUCGUCGUCUUCGCCUCCGCAUACCGCUUCAGCGUCCUCUUCUCCUACACAGCCCUCGACUCCUCCUACACCCUCGCCCCGACAGUCGGGUGGACGGCCAUCGAAAUGUCCGCCGGAAUCGUCUCAGCAUGCCUGCCCACCCUCCGCCCGGCAUUCGCCUUCUUCUUCCGCGUGCUGGGGCUGAGAUCCGUGAUGCCCUCGCUGCUACGCACGGGUGGGUCCCGGACGGCGUCUACGUCGAAACUCACCUUGAAUACAGCGGGGCAUAGCCAUAGCCAUAGCCGUAGCCGUAAUGGGAAUGGGAAUGGUGGUGGUGGCUCUGCGUCGGCGCCGAGUAAUAUCGACCUGGUGCGUGCGAAUCGGCGCUCGUUUUACCAUUUACCGGAUGAUGAGAGUGAUUCAUUGGAUUCCCAGACUAGGGUUGAUGGGGGGCAGUUUAGGCCCGGGUAUGAUAGUAUGAAGACCAAGACUGUCGUGCAUGGGAGGGAGAGGGAGGAGAUGGAGGCGGAGAAUGAGCGGUGGUUGAAGAGGACUCGGGAUGAUGUGCCUCUAAAGGGAAUUAGGGUUCAGACCGAGUUUACCCAGCACGAGUUUUGA